AUGCAGCUCGUCAAGACCGUCUCCGUCUUGGCCCUGGCCGCGGGCGCCGUCGUCGCCAUGCCCGCCGAUAUCGAAAAUGCUGGACUUGCCAAACGUCAAUGGUGGGGUGGAAACCGCUUCUGGGAGCGUCCCAACCCGUCCGCCGAGAUCACUGUGACGGGUUACGCUCCUGAGCCAACUGGCGGCAGCUGGUAUACCGAAGCAUCGACCACAACCACGUCCACCACCACAUCUACGUCCACAUCUACGUCCACCACCACCACUGAUGAGGUCAGCGCGACACCUGCUGCCGACUUCAGCUUUGGUGGUUACAACAGGCCCAGCCAGGACUUUACCCCGACCGAUACCCCGUCCGAAGCACCCUCGACCCCGUCUCCUACCUCGGCCCCCGAAACUCCCGCGUCGUCUGCAUCGGCUCCGGCAGCGACUUCAGCGAGCAGCUCCGAUUCUUCGCUGUAUGACUACAUGUCGGUGGUGUCGGAAUGGCGCGCUGCGGGUGGCCUUCCUGCUCUUACCCAGGAUAGCACUCUCGAGGCCAAUGCCUUGAAGACCAGCACUAACAGCGUCGGCGGCCUGAUCCACGAGUUGAACCCCGGCACCCUGGCCCAGGUCCUCGCCCCCGGUACCCCUACCAACUUCGAGAGCGUCUACGUUGGUGGAUGGCUCUGCGAGAUCCCCACUCUGCCCGGUCUGAACGGCAUCUGUGCCACCGAAGCCCAGGGUUGGGAUCAUUCCGAUGGCGAGACCGGGCACGCCCUGAUCCUGACUUCGACCAGUUAUACAAAGAUCGGAUGCAGCCUUGCGCUGUCAACGGGUGUCUGGGCAUGCGACCUUGCAUAG